AUGGAGCAUGUGCGAACCAAACAUGGGACAGAGUAUGACAAAGUGUUGAUGGAGAGGACAGAGGCAACAAAGCAAGAGCCCACUCCACCCCCGCGGGCCUCCCCAACUAUGAAACAACCCACACUUCAUCAGUCUUUUGAAGCAAAAACAAAAUACAACCAACACGCUCUUCGGAAACAACUGCUCGACCAGAAGGAGAUUCAAAUGAUAACAUGGGACAUGCAGCCUCUAUCCAUCGUUCAGGAUGAAGGUUUCCGUGAAUUGAUGCAGACUAUGGAUCCCAAGUAUGACCUGAUCAGCAGACGAACCAUUGGACGUCGGCUACCUGCGCUUUAUGAGGAACGGAGAACUAUGCUUGCGGGACUGCUUUCCGAGACAGAUGCUGUUACCCUUACCACGGAUAUAUGGACCUCUCGCAGAACCGAAGCAUUCAUCACUGUGACGGCACAUUUUAUAACCCCAUCCUGGGAGCUGCAUGGCUGCGUUUUGGACACACUUAAACUUGACGAGGCCCACACCGCAAAGAACAUCGCAGAAGUUCUGUCACAAAUCAUGGAGUCUUGGCAGAUUCGUGACAAGGUGUUUGCCAUCGUCAAAGACAACGCCAGCAACAUGAUUGCAGCUGUGGACCUGUUGAAGAUCCGUCGAAUGCCCUGCUUCGCCCAUACACUGAACCUUGUUGUGACGGAUGAUUUGUCUGCUGUGAAAAGCUUCGAGACUAUCCGGCAAAAGGUGAAGAGAAUUGCUGCCCAUUUUCACCACUGCGUGAACGACACCAAUGCUUUGAAAAAGCGUCAGCAGGAACAAGGGGAUUCAGAAAAGGCGCCAUUGGCACUUAUCAACGAUGUGGAAACAAGGUGGAAUUCUUGUUACGACAUGCUCGAAAGGUACAACACUCUUCACACUGAAGUGACCACGUCCUGUGCCUCUCGGGCAAACAGAGGUCACGACGGAGAUGUCUGGGGAGAAAGUGACAACGCUAGCCAAGGUUAUUCCAAUCGUGAGAGGCCUCCAGUCGCUGAUGAAGGACCACGUGAAAAAGACCUUGAGAUCCAGAACAUAGAAACUUCACUUUCAAAAACUUUGUUAGACAAUCUAACUCGCCGCUUUCCGUCGCCUGAGACUGUGUACUCCUGGGCAGUCAGCACCUACCUAGACCCUCGCUUUAAGAGACAUGCUUUCAGCGACGCAUCAGCUCUUGACCAAGCAAAAAGAAGGCUAACAGGGGAGAUGAGCACCCACCAGGAGCAGCCCCCCGUUGAAGAACCCGCCAUGGACAGUGAGGCCGAGGGGAGAUGA